UAUCAAGCAGGACUCGGGCGCUCCCCCUCGCACUCGCGCCUUAGGAAGCUUGGGUGUGUGUGGCGCGCUGUCUUCCCGCCCGCGUCAGGGACCUGCCCGACUCAGCGGCUGCCAUGGCAUCAGAUGAAGGCAAGCUUUUCGUGGGAGGACUCAGCUUCGACACGAACGAGCAGGCACUGGAGCAGGUCUUCUCCAAGUAUGGCCAGAUCUCCGAAGUGGUGGUGGUAAAGGACAGGGAGACCCAGCGAUCCCGAGGCUUCGGGUUUGUCACCUUUGAAAAUAUCGAUGACGCUAAGGACGCCAUGAUGGCUAUGAAUGGGAAGUCUGUGGACGGGCGGCAGAUCAGAGUUGACCAAGCUGGCAAGUCUUCUGACAACCGGUCCCGAGGAUACCGGGGUGGCUCUGCUGGAGGCCGGGGCUUUUUCCGUGGGGGACGAAGCCGGGGCCGAGGGUUCUCCAGAGGAGGAGGAGACCGGGGCUAUGGAGGUGGCCGCUUUGAGUCCCGGAGUGGGGGUUAUGGAGGCUCCAGAGACUACUAUGCCAGCCGGAGUCAGGGUGGCAGCUAUGGUUAUCGGAGCUCGGGAGGGUCCUACAGAGACAGCUAUGACAGUUAUGCUACACACAACGAGUAAAAGCCCUCCGCGUCCAGAUCGUCCUUCCAUGGCUGUAAUUAAGAUGGGGGAGCUUCGCUGAUCGUUGUGUAGUGAGCACCUUGUUCCCACUUUUGUAGUCCUUUCCGUUCUGACCCGUCAGCAGCCUGCUUCUGACCCAAGAUGGCCUCGUGACUAGACCUGUUUUUAAGGAAGCGCUGUCUGUUUUUAAGUAUUCUUAAAAACGUUUUGGAAAGCACUUCAGAUUUUACUGUUUACCAUGAGCCAUGGGUUUUUGUUUUUUCUAAAUUGUCGGGUUGUGUGGGUUUUGGUUACUCGUUUUUGUUUUUUCAGGUUUUUUGGUUGUGGAUUUUUUUUUUCUUUUCUUUUUUUGUGUGGUCGCCCCUGAAGUCUGGCGCCCCACCCCUCCUGAGAUGGAAUGGACUCGAUUUGAGCAAGCCAUGGCCCUCCAGCUCCCCAGCCCUGCUGCGGAGUUGCAGCAGGUCCUGCCCAUCGGGCACAUGUCUCAAGCCCGUGGGGAGCAUAGCAGUCCGGGAGGCUGUGAAAAUGUUUAUUUAUAUUGUCCUUUUUUACCGAAGACAUGCAUAUACUCCAUCGAUGUUGUAUUCACAGUGGCUGAGGAAUUCUUGUACGCAGUUUCUUUGGCUUCACGAAGCCGAUUAAAAGACCGUGUGAAAUGAA